GAUGUGGUGAGACCAGGAUAUGCCGUUGUUCUUUGUGUUCAAAGUUCGCUAUCUCUUGUGUUGUAGAAUUUUUCAAGCGGAAUCACAUCACCGGUAUCACUAUGAAGGCUACUAUCGCUGUCGCAAUCAUUUUUGUGCUGCAAUGUUGCUGCCUGACUCCCAAACACCUCACAGAGUGAUGACUUUUAUUGUGGUGUUUGGUGAAGAGAAUGCGAGAGAAGUUAAAGUAGAAUCAUUUCUUCAACCAAUGCUACCACUGUUAAUGGCAAAAAAAGGAUUCAGGACUACUACUACUGAAGAUGAAAGACCCAGUAAUUCUUUGUUUACUCCAGUCAGACUGCCAGGUGUGCAGUUACCUGAGGUGCUGAGCUUCAAAGUAGACAUAGUAGACUCUAGAAAAUUGCCUGAUGAAAAAAAAAACUGA